GAGUUAUUUAUUAAUCAUCGAACGUGUUGACGUCCAAUGAUAUAAUGUUCACGAUCUUAUUGGGUUUUAUUUCAUUUUUAAUCUUAUUACACUAUUUUAUAAAAUACCGAAGAAUAGGAAGACUCCUUGAACUAAUUCCAGGACCAAAAUCAAUUCCGAUAAUAGGUAAUGUGCCAAGAUUUCGAUUAGAAAAUGAUGAUGCUUUUGAUAAACUUGUCGGGAAGGAUAAAACACAUUAUCCAAUCUAUAAAAUAUGGUCCUUUUUUUUUGCGUCGGUAGCUUUACUUCAUCCGAAUGAUGUUGAGAAACUAAUGAGGAGUAAACAACAUAUACAAAAAAGUAUAGCUUAUAAAUUUCUACAACCUUGGCUGUCCGAAGGAUUGAUAACGAGCAGUGGUGACAAGUGGCAAAAACGGCGAAAAUUGUUAACGCCUGCAUUUCACUUUAAUAUCCUUAAACAUUUUGUUAUGACCUUCAACGAGGAGGCAAAGUAUCUUAUAAGUAUACUCAAUAAGGAAUCUAAAGAUGGACCAAUAAUUAAAGAUCUCAUGUCAUUUAUUACCGAGCACUCUUUAAACGCUAUAUGCGAAACUGCCAUGGGUACAUCUCUAAAGGAUAAAAGUGAAUUACAGAGUAAAUAUCGUGAAGCUGUACACGCUUUUGGCAGAAUCGUGCCGUACAGAUUGGGGAGACCUUGGUAUCAUUCAGAUUUUAUAUUUUCAUUUACAUCGCUUGGACGAAAGCAGAAUGAACUUUUAAAAACGUUGCACGAUUUUUCCUCAACCAUAAUUGCAGAAAGGAAACGUUUUCAUCAAGAAACCAACGGGAAAUAUUUACAAAAUUUUGACAACAUGAAUGAGGACGACAUAUUCACCAACGGAACCAGCGAUAUUAACAAGAAUACGUUGAUCAAAAAAAGACUUGCUAUGUUAGAUCUUCUGAUAGCCGCAUCAAUGAACGAUAAUCAAAUCGAUGAUAAAGGAAUUCAAGAAGAAGUCGAUACUUUUAUGUUUGCCGGUCAUGACACUACAGCAACAUCAUUAUGUUUUGCUUUGCUUCAUAUUGCAAAAUACAAAUCAAUACAGGAACGUAUAAGAGAAGAAGUGAACGCCGUUAUGAAACAGAAUAAUUGCGAUUUGACGAUGUCAAUGCUUAAUGAAUUUUCAUUCAUGGAAAGAUGCAUAAAAGAAUCACUACGUUUGUUUCCCACUACUCCUUUUGUAUUACGUUACUUGACAGAGGAUUUGCAAUUGGAUAAUUAUUUAAUCCCAGCCGGUGUUAAUUGCCGCGUAAGCAUCUACCAUUUACACAGAAAUCCAGAAUAUUGGCCGAACCCAAAUGUUUUCGAUCCCGAUAGAUUUUUACCAGAAAACAUGAAAGGACGUAAUCCAUAUUCGUACAUACCAUUUAGCGCAGGGUUACGCAAUUGUAUAGGUCAAAAAUUCGCUAUGCUCGAAAUGAAAUUAAUGAUAGCUUAUAUAUUACACAACUAUCAUUUGGAACCAGUCGACGAAUUAGAUGAUAUUAAAAUUACAGGAAAUAUUAUUUUACGUACUUCUAAACCUCUUAGAGUCAAAUUUAUACCAAUAAAAUAUAUAAUGUUCACGAUUUUUUUGGGUUUUAUAUCAUUUUUAAUCUUAUUACACUAUUUUAUAAAAUACCGAAGAAUAGGAAGACUUCUUGAACUAAUUCCAGGACCAAAAUCAAUUCCGAUAAUUGGUAAUGUGCCAAGAUUUCGAUUAGACAAUGACGAUGCUUUUGAUAAAACUGUAAACAAAGAUAUAAAAUAUUAUCCGAUCUAUAAAAUAUGGUCCUUCUUUUUUGCGUUAGUAAUUCUACUUGAUCCGAAAGAUGUUGAAAAACUAAUGAAGAGUACCAAACAUAUAGAAAAAGGUACUGGUUAUAAAUUCCUAAAACCUUGGCUGUCUGAUGGAUUGCUAAUAACUAAUGGUGACAAGUGGCACAAACGGCGAAAAUUGUUGACACCUGCAUUUCAUUUUAAUAUCCUUGAACAUUUUGUUAUGACCUUCAACGAGGAGGCAAAGUAUCUUAUAAGCAUACUCAAUAAGGAAUCUAAAGAUGGACCAAUAAUUAAAGAUCUCAUAUCAUUUAUUACCGAGCACUCUUUAAACGCUAUAUGCGAAACUGCCAUGGGUACAUCUUUAAAGGAUAAAAGUGAAUUAGAGAGUAAAUAUCGCGAAGCUGUACACGCUUUUGGCAAAAUCGUACCAUACAGAUUGGGGAGACCCUGGUAUCAUUCAGAUUUUAUAUUUUCAUUUACAUCACUUGAACGAAAGCAGAAGGAACUUUUAAAAAUCUUGCACGAUUUUUCAUCAACCAUAAUUGCAGAAAGGAAACGUUUUCAUCAAGAAACCAACGGGAAAUAUUUACAAAAUUUCGACAACAUGAAGGACGACGUAUUCACCAACGGAACCAACGAUAUUAACAAGAAUACGUUGAUGAAGAAAAGAUAUGCUAUGUUAGAUCUUCUGAUAGCCGCAUCGAUGAACGAUAAUCAAAUCGAUGACAAAGGAAUUCAAGAAGAAGUCGAUACUUUCAUAUUUGCCGGUCAUGACACUACGGCAACGUCAUUAUGUUUUGCUUUGCUACAUAUUGCAAAAUACAAAUCAAUACAGGAACGUAUAAGAGAAGAAGUGAACGCCGUUAUGAAACAGAAUAAUUGCGAUUUGACGAUGUCAAUGCUUAAUGAAUUUUCAUUUAUGGAAAGAUGCAUAAAAGAAUCACUACGUUUGUAUCCCACCAUUCCUUUUAUUGCACGUUACUUGACAGAGGAUUUGCAAUUGGAUAAUUAUUUAAUCCCAGCCGGUGUUAAUUGCCGCGUAAGCAUCUACCAUUUACACAGAAAUCCAGAAUAUUGGCCGAACCCAAAUGUUUUCGAUCCCGAUAGAUUUUUACCAGAAAACAUGAAAGGACGUAAUCCAUAUUCGUACAUACCAUUUAGCGCAGGGUUACGCAAUUGUAUCGGUCAAAAAUUCGCUAUGCUCGAAAUGAAAUUAAUGAUAGCUUAUAUAUUACACAACUAUCAUUUGGAACCAGUCGACGAAUUAGAUGAUAUUAAAAUUACAGGAAAUAUUAUUUUACGUUCUUCUAAACCUCUUCGAGUCAAAUUUAUACCAAUAAAAUAAUAACGAUCAAAUCUAUUGUUUCGCUUUCUAAUUUUCCAAUUUAAAUGAAAUAAAUCGCAAUUAUAAUGUGACUCAUA